GUGGCAAUCACACGCUGAUUCUUCUCUACCAACCACAAAGACAUUGGCACCCUCUAUCUUGUAUUUGGUGCCUGAGCCGGAAUAGUAGGAACCGCCCUAAGCCUCCUAAUUCGAGCCGAAUUAAGUCAACCCGGAUCACUUCUUGGUGAUGAUCAAAUUUAUAAUGUUAUUGUUACCGCCCACGCCUUCGUUAUAAUUUUCUUUAUAGUAAUACCUAUCUUAAUUGGGGGGUUUGGAAACUGACUUGUACCAUUAAUGAUCGGAGCCCCUGAUAUAGCAUUUCCCCGAAUAAAUAACAUAAGCUUCUGGCUUCUACCCCCCUCAUUUCUCUUAUUAUUGGCCUCUUCUGGGGUUGAAGCUGGGGCCGGAACAGGGUGAACAGUAUACCCCCCACUUGCGGGUAAUCUUGCCCACGCCGGAGCCUCUGUAGACUUAACCAUCUUUUCUCUUCACCUGGCAGGUGUUUCAUCAAUUCUCGGAGCAAUUAACUUUAUUACUACAACAAUUAAUAUGAAACCCCCAGCAAUCUCUCAGUAUCAGACACCCCUGUUCGUGUGAGCUGUGCUUGUAACGGCUGUUCUCCUCCUCCUGUCACUACCUGUCCUGGCCGCAGGAAUUACCAUACUAUUAACAGAUCGAAAUUUAAAUACAACAUUCUUUGACCCCGCAGGAGGAGGAGACCCAAUCCUUUACCAACACUUGUUUUGAUUUUUCGGCCACCCAGAAGUAUACAUUCUUAUUUUACCCGGAUUUGGAAUCAUUUCCCACGUCGUAGCCUACUAUGCCGGUAAAAAAGAACCAUUUGGAUAUAUGGGUAUGGUAUGGGCCAUAAUGGCCAUUGGCCUCUUAGGUUUCAUUGUAUGAGCCCAUCAUAUGUUUACUGUGGGAAUAGACGUAGACACUCGUGCCUACUUCACAUCUGCGACCAUAAUUAUUGCAAUUCCAACGGGUGUUAAAGUAUUUAGCUGACUUGCUACGCUCCAUGGCGGAUCAAUUAAAUGAGAAACGCCUUUACUAUGAGCCCUGGGGUUUAUCUUCUUGUUCACGGUGGGUGGACUAACAGGAAUUGUUCUAGCCAAUUCAUCUCUAGAUAUUGUACUACAUGAUACAUACUACGUAGUUGCACAUUUUCACUAUGUAUUAUCAAUAGGUGCCGUAUUUGCUAUUAUAGCAGGAUUUGUCCAUUGAUUCCCCUUAUUUUCCGGAUACACCCUUCAUAGCACAUGAACAAAAAUCCAUUUUGGGGUAAUAUUUAUUGGUGUUAAUUUAACAUUCUUCCCCCAACACUUCCUAGGAUUAGCCGGAAUGCCACGACGAUAUUCCGACUACCCAGACGCUUAUGCCCUGUGAAACACAGUCUCUUCUAUUGGAUCUCUAAUCUCACUGGUAGCAGUAAUCAUGUUUCUCUUUAUUUUAUGAGAAGCUUUCGCUGCUAAACGAGAAGUUAUAUCCGUAGAGUUAACCGCAACAAAUGUAGAAUGGCUACACGGAUGCCCUCCGCCUUACCACACAUUUGAAGAACCCGCAUUCGUUCAAGUACAAUCAAAUUAA